AUGACGACUGAUAUCGAACUCACCGCCGUUAAGAAGGAUGUUGCGCUGCCGGACUUUGUAUCUCCUGCAGCGUCUUUUAAAGACCCGAGCGUCUCCUCUGAGGGGGCACUUCGCAAUUCUCGGAAUGUCCUCGAGACCCUACGGUACUACGAAGCCGUUCUCGACCGAAGGCUUGGAGUAGAGAGCUCGGGUCCUGAACGAGUGCUGCCCGAGAACCGCCAGCCUCCCAAGCUGUGGUACAUCUUCGUCAUUUGGGCGUCGAGCGGGACUUUCGGAUUGGGAAACUUCAGUAUUGGGACCCUCGGAUGGAGCUAUGGGUUGUCCCUCGGGCAAACGAUUCCGAUCAUGAUGUUUGGAAUUUUGUUGGGUUGCAUGACUGCUGCCUGGUGUGGCACUCUGGGUCCAGCGACGGGCCUGCGUCAGAUCUCGGUGUCUCGAUAUAGCAUGGGAUGGUGGCCGACAAAGAUUGUAGCGUUGUUCAAUAUAUUUGGGCUCAUAGGCUUUGCCUCGGUUCAAUGCAUAACGGCAGGGCAGGGACUGUCCGCCGUGUCUGGCUACAGUCUCUCCAUUCUCGUUGGCAUUGUUAUUGUGACCGUCUUGGCCCUGAUCAUUGGUUUUGGCGGAUACCGGAUCUUACUUGCCAUCGAGGCCUACUUCUGGAUGCCAUUUUUUAUUUUGACCCUCAUUCUGUUCGGCGAGACGGGGAACAAGGUAUCCUUACAGCAACCCGCCACUGCAUCCGGGAUGGCGUUCACUGCCGCCGUUCUGAAUCUUCUCGCCAGUUCCUACGGAUGCACCUCAAUCUUUUGCUCCUGGAUAUCGGACUACUUCGUGCAUUACCCUGCUGAUAUCUCCCGGGUCAAGGUAUAUCUUCUCACCAUGUUCGGAAUGUGGAUUGCCAACUUCAUUGGGGUACUACCAGGCUGCCUCAUCGGCUCCGCCCUGGCCCAGGAUGCCAGCCUAGCCACUGCCUAUAAUGCUCAUGGCAUUGGCGAGGUCAUGCUCCGCCUGAUGUAUCCGUCCGGGCUUGCUAAAUUCGUCAUGGUCAUCUUCAGCCUCGGAGGUAUUGGCUUCGGCGCUAUCGCCAUCUAUUCGGCUGCGCUGGCUGUCCAGCAGCUUGCAGCGCCACUUCAAAUGGUCCCGCGAUUUUUCUGGAGCUUGGCCUCGUUCGCCGGCCUCGUGGUGCUGUCCAUCGCAGGGAAAACGGCAGUGCCAACGUUCCUAAGUAACAUACUGGCGCUAGUCGGCUACUUCAAUACCAUAUACUUCGCAAUUCUCUUCACAGAGCAUGCUCUUUUCCGCAAGGGAAAGAUCACCAACUAUGACCUGGAUGGCUGGAAUACCCAGUCGCGGCUCCCCAUUGGUUAUGCAGGCUUUGGAGCCUUUGUUGCUGGCUGGCUGGGAUGCGUGUUGGGAAUGGUGGCCUCAUUUUAUGUUGGCGUCAUUGCCGAGAAGAUUGGUGGUGGCGACGUGGCCAACAUGCUAGGGCUGGUCUUCACCCUUGUAUCAUAUCCCCCACUCCGGCACUUAGAACUGCGAUUCUGUGGCCGUUAGUCCUUCUCUACUCGUACUGCUGUUGUAUCCUGUGGUUCUUUUCUUGGUUGCCUUCCCCGGAGCGUCCGAUGAGGCUUGCAAUGGGGUCGAGAAGAGGAGAGGGAGGCGGGGUGACCAAUUUUGGGUUCAGCUCCAUUCCCACAGUCAAAAAGAUACAUUCUAC